AUGGAGCCAAACCCCGACGAGCCAAAGAAGACGUCGUCGGUGCGGCAGCUGCUGCGCCAGCAGCGCGAGCUGCAGGAGAUGCGCAAGUUCGGUUUAGCACCGCUCGCCGUGGACACGGAGACGCACCAGGAGAUCAGUCCCAACAUCCCGGAGUUUAUCUCGCGUGCACCGUGGUACUACGGGGCAACUGGCCCCACGCUCGUCCACCAGCGAAAGCAUGGCGACAGCGCCACUGAGGUGUCGGACGAGGUGCUGGAUGAGAAGGUUGAUCGCAUUGUGGUCAAAGGGCAAGCAUCUCGCUUCACUGCUGGCGCAUGCAAGAACUGCGGCUCCCGCACCCACAAGACGAGCGAGUGCUUCCAGGCGAAGAAGAAGGUGGGCAGCGUCUACACGAAUCGCGUCACCGGGAGCGACAUCGAGAUGCACCAGGAGGCCAAGACGUACUCGCAGAAGCGAGACCGAUUUGUGGGCGAGGUCGGUAUCGAUCUAAUGCGUGGAGUGCGUCAGGACCAAGAAGACGACAGCGUCGAUGUCGCGGCACCGGCAACGGCGCGCCACCGUCCCGAGGACGUCUUUGGGAGCCGCACCGCGCAGCACGGUGGAGUGGAAGUAAAGGAGCUGCCCAAGUACCUGCACAACUUGGAUCAGCAGGACGGCCUCUUCUUCGACCCGAAGACCGGCUCGAUGCGCGCGAACCCGAACGCGGGCGACUCGACCAAGGCUUUUCGCGGAGACCUGGAGCGCUACCGCACUGGUGACUACUACAACUACGUGGAGUCGCAGUACCGUUUCUUGACGGGACAGUCGAGGUCGUUUGUGGACUUCGAGUUUGAUGAUGCGAUGCGCAGGGCACGCGAGCAGCAGCAGGAGCAGCAACAGCAAGAGCAGGACAGCACUAGAGGGCCAGUGACGAAGGUGCUGACAGAAACGCCGCAAGAUGUACUCUUGCGCUCCUUGUACGGCACAAGUCAGCCGAAAUUCGACUUGGAUGUGCUACCGUCAUCCACCACCGAGAGCAAGACAGCUGCGCCAUCCUCAUCUCCUGCACCACCGAUCGACGCACUCACCACGACGGCAACUGGGACAGCGACAGCGCACUCCAGUGUCCAGGCAGCCUCCCUCUCAUGGGUGACCACGCGCAACGGCCACGCCGCCGUGUACGGAAGCUACUUCGAUCCCAUACACUUUCGCUGGGGCUACGCGUGCUGCAAGAGAAUGGGCAAGGACGCAACCGACUGCAGCGCGACGCACGCGUGA